AUGUCCACCGAUUGUCCUUGUUGCUCUUAUAAGACUGAUCGCCCCUACAACCUAAAGGUGCACAUGAAUCGACUCCACGGGGGUUCUCCCAUCCCUAUUGUUGCGCGCAAAAAGAGCAUAGCUAAGCAAGGCACUGUGGAAAAAGCGCUAGCCCGCAUCGAUGAUGGUCCCUCCCUGCCAGCCGAUACGCCACGAAUAUCCGAAGUGCAUUUUCAAUGUGGUGAAUGCAAAGUUCCAACGCGUAGCAGCCAGGAGCUGCUGACGCACUAUCAGCAGCUUCAUCGUGAUGCCGAACAUCCUUUUGACCUUCUUGAGAUCAAUAUUGAACGCGAUGCAGUUUCGGAUUGGUUGAAGGAGUUGGAAGAGCGCACAAAUUCUCGUUUCUCGACGCGAUACCUUGGCAACUAUAACAACGACCAGCUGGCUGAUGACGUCGAGGGCGAUACGUCGGCACAGGUAGAAUCGCACACCGACCCAACAGCCUUCGACAUCCCACCUCUACAAGCCACCCCUGAAAAAGAUCGCAAGAGGCAAAAGAUCCAGAAGCUGCGUAACAGCAUUAAUGCUUUAUGGUAUUCUGUUGGCGAAUGUGACGAUGAGGCGCUCAUCGAUCGUAUGCAAAAAGAGCUUGACGAAAAUUUGCGCUUGACAAUGCCGUCUACUUCCCGUACAAUUGCGCCUAGCCAGCAACAAAUCGUCCCCAUUCGCCAGGCCUCGAGGAAUCACCAAAUGCAAACGAAAGCGGCGAAAAGAAAGCUCAACCCC